CAGCGAAAUAAGCUUUCACGCAGCAAUCUCGGAAAGGGAGCUUCAAAACGUUGAUGGCAUUUAACAGAUUAAUUAAAAGACAGGUGUUGUAGAGGUGUGUAACCAUUUUUAGGUUGUAUUCAUACAAGGAUUUAGCUCACUGAGUACCUUGUGGCCAUGGAGGACAUGCCUGCUCCGCGGAUAUACGUCGAAAGGACGUUGGCUUUAAUCAAACCCGAUGCCGCCGACCGAGCGGAUGAAAUCGAAAACAUCAUGCUGAAGUCCGGCUUUGCCAUUUUACAGAAAAGGAAGGUCCACCUGAGCCCAGAGCAGUGCAGUGACUUCUAUGCAGAGCAAUAUGGCAAACUGUUUUUCCCCAGUCUAACUGCCUUCAUGAGCUCUGGGCCCAUCACCGCCAUGGUGCUAGCCAGGGACCAGGCCAUCGCUCAUCUGAAGCAGCUGAUGGGACCGGCGAACAGUACCAAAGCCAAAGAGACCCACCCAGAGAGUUUAAGGGCCAUCUACGGAACAUCCGACUUGAGGAACGCAGUGCAUGGAAGUGAGAGCUUUUCCGCAGCGGAGAGAGAAAUACAGUUCAUGUUCCCCGGGUCUAUUAUUGAGCCUAUUCCAUUGGGAAAUGCAGCUAAGGAUUACCUAAGCAGAUUUGUAAACCCCACACUGCUUUCGGGACUGACAGAACUCUGUAAGAGAAAGCCAGCAGAUCCCUUUACCUGGCUUGCUGAUUGGCUUAUAGAAAAUAAUCCCAAUACGCCUAAAGUUCAAGAUGGAGUGAUGACUGAAGAGGUAAAGGAGGAGUUAUUCACCACCGACCACAAGACCAGCAAGUAAAGAUAGAUAGCAGUCAGUACAAUGCAGUAACACUUUUUUUCCUUGUUGCUAAGCUAGGGACAAUAAAUGAUUUUUCAAAAAAGUAUUGCUUGCCAAAUAUUUGUCAGUAGAUUUCUGUUUUGUACAUUUGGUAUUGAAUUAAUGUGAACUAGAAACUGACAGUUUCUAUUGUUGCUAAUAUUCUCAGUGUAAAACAGUUGUGUGUAGUUAUUAAAAUGCCUUUUAUAUUAGAAA